GGCCCCAGCACUGCCAUGGACGGCCAGCUCUUGUCGGUGCUGCUGCUGCUGCUUGGGGCCUCAGGCCUGUGGGCACAGGGGCUGGGGCCCGGGGGUCCCUUGGAGGAGCCCCCUGAGGAGGAGCCUCCCGAGGAGAAGCCCCCCGAGGAGGAUGGGAUCUUGGUGCUGAGCCGUCAGACCCUGGGCCUGGCCUUGCGGGAGCACCCCGCCCUGCUGGUGGAGUUCUACGCCCCGUGGUGUGGGCACUGCAAGGCACUGGCCCCUGAGUACAGCAAGGCGGCUGCCCUGCUGGCAGCAGAGUCGGCCAAAGCCAGGCUGGCCAAGGUGGAUGGGCCCGCAGAGCCAGAGCUGGCCGAGGAGUUUGCAGUGACAGAGUACCCCACGCUUAAGUUCUUCCGUGAUGGGAACCGCACGCACCCGGAGGAGUAUACUGGCCCCAGGGAGGCCGAGGGCAUCGCUGAGUGGCUGAGGCGGCGGGUGGGGCCCAGUGCCACGCGGCUAGAGGAUGAGGAGGGUGCUCAAGCACUGAUAGAUGCCCGGGACGUGGUGGUCAUCGGCUUCUUCCAGGACCUGGAGGACAAGGAUGUGGCUACCUUCCUGGACCUGGCCCAGGAUGCCCUGGACAUGACCUUUGGCCUCACUGACCAGCCACAGCUCUUUCAGAAGUUUGGCCUCACCACGGACACUGUGGUCCUCUUCAAAAAAUAUGACGAGAGGCGGGCAGACUUCCCAGUGGAUGAGGAGCUGGGCCUGGACCAGAGGGAUCUGUCACGCUUCCUCCUCACACACAGCAUGCACCUGGUCACGGAGUUCAACAGCCAGACGUCCCCUAAGAUCUUUGCGGCCAAGAUCCUUAACCACUUGCUGCUGUUCAUCAACCAGACCCUGGCCCCCCACCAGGAGCUGCUAGCGGGCUUCCGGGAGGCAGCUCCCCCCUUCCGGGGGCAGGUGCUGUUUGUGGUGGUGGACGUGGCAGCCAACAACGACUUCGUGCUCCAGUACUUCGGCCUCAAGGCCGAACAGGCCCCCACCCUACGCUUCACCAACAUCGAGACCACCAAGAAGUACGCGCCUGUGGAUGGGGGGCCGGUCACCACUACCUCGGUUGCAGCCUUCUGCCGCGCAGUUCUGGCUGGGGAGGUCAAGCCCUAUCACUUGAGCCAGGAGGUACCCCCUGACUGGGACCAGCGGCCAGUCAAGACCCUCGUGGGCAAGAAUUUCGAGCAGGUGGCUUUCGACGAAACCAAGAACGUGUUCAUCAAGUUCUAUGCCCCGUGGUGCACCCACUGCAAGGAGAUGGCCCCGGCCUGGGAGGCGUUGGCCCAGAAGUACAGGGACCACAAGGACAUCGUCAUCGCUGAGCUGGACGCCACGGCCAACGAGCUGGAGGACUUCCCUGUGCGCGGCUUCCCCAGCCUCAAGUACUUCCCAGCGGGGCCUGGUCGGAAGGUGAUUGAAUACAAAGGCGCCAGGGACCUGGAGACCUUCUCCAAGUUUCUGGACAGCGGGGGUGAGCUGCCUGCAGAGGAGCCCACACAGGUGCCUGGAGCCCCCUUCCCGGAGGUGCCAAAAAACACCACGGAGCCCAAGGACGAGCUGUAG